CGGGGAAAAAAGGCAAAAGCAUGGGAUACACGUCUACCUUAAAAUUUGUCAAUCUCGGUGUUAGGAGGAGGCUCUUCCGGAGGGCCCACAAACAGCCACAUCACAAAUGGGACAGCAUCAAAAAUCAGCUGAAUGAAUUGUUAAAGUAUGGGCGCAUUGAAACGACUUUAACCAAAGCAAAGGAAUUGCAGGGGUAUGCAGAAGAGUUAAUUUACCUGGCGAAAAAAAACAAUGCGGAGAACAAUUUAAAAGUGGAAAGUAUGUUGAGGACAGCGCAAGGGAGGAGAAAGCUGUAUGAGUAUUAUGUGCCGUUAUACCGUUAUAGACCCUUUUUUUUCACAAGAGUUAUUAAUCAGUGGAGGCUGCGAUUGCGGGAUGCGGCCCCCAUGGCAUUUAUCGAGUUUAUUGAUAGGCCGGGGGAAUUAAGACCAGCCAAGCCGGUCGGAGCUGACAGAAUUAAAUACAUAUAUGAGGAGAUGAAGAAGAACCGAAGGAACUUCAAGCAGUACUUGCACAUCGCAAGGAAGUUUAAUUUGCUCGAUGAAAACGACCAGCUAAUUUCGGACGUGGAGUUUGACAGUCUGCAGGAGCAUGCCAGACGGGACUUGUGGAAACGAGACGACGAGGAAGAAAUCCAGGUGGACCCAGAACUGAUAAAAAGGUACGAACAGUUUGGGGAACCCAUGCUGGCUGGGCCAACCAAGGGAAGAGAACCUUUCUACGUGGAUCUCCCCCUGCCCAGCCACGUUGAAAGGGCCUUUUUAAAUUACCGCAAGAAGUUUAAGCCGUAGAGCCAGGAGAAAGGAAAAAAAACGCCCCCCUUCACAGCGCAUUGUGCGCAUUGCGAAUGUGUCGUAAAUGGGGCACUGAGACGAUGUGCGUAGAGGGGCCUUUCUGAGGUGUGCGCUUCUCCGUGUGUAGGGGUAAUCGGGUGUGUUGGCUCUCUCCCCCCCCCCCGUUUAUAGCCUCUUCCCUUCUGCUUUGUAAUACCUGUGCUUAUCAGGAGGAUUUGCACAAACGGGGUGGGCCUGGUAAGCGGCGCA